AUGGACGAGAUAAUGGAAUUGCUUGAUUGUGUGGAACCAGGUAAAAGUAUUUAUUAUCAUUUCAAACGACCAACCUGGGAUUUAGAUUUUGGGUUGUAUGCUUUGGGUUGUGACGAAGAUAUAAACCACUUUAGGUCAUACGUGUAUGAACACAAGGUGAUAGAAGUGUAUACAGAGUUUUGGGAAACCAAGCUGCAUACGUAUCAAAUGUCCCCAAACCCUGCAAAGAUAAAGAUACACGAAAUUCCUGAGUCCCUUUGUCGUAAAAGCUUGUUAUUGACAUGGUCAAAUUCAGGGGAUUGUCCUAGUGAAGAAGCCCCUGUUUUUGAGAAUGUAGAAACUAUGGACGAACCCCCUAGUACAUUACUUGAAACAACCUUGGAACAACCCCUUGUUACAUUGAGUGAAACAGUUGAGUCAACCCCUGCCUAUAUACCAAGAAUUGAAAGCCCUUUGACUGAACCAAUGAUAGGAAGCACAUGUCCUAAUGUUGAUGGUUGGGAUGAUACAUUUGAAUGGUGUGAACCUUUUGGUGGGACUCCUAUGGAACAAGAUGAACCAAAUAGUGAAAAAGCAGGUGAAGACAGUCAAGCUAGUAAAGACAGUCAUGAUAGUGAUGACACUGAAGAUAGUGAAUACAGUCAAGAUAGUGAUUACAUAGUUGAUGAAGAUAAUUUGUUAGAUGAUCCAGAGGUUGAUAUGAAGAACUUUCACCUCAACAUUGACAAAGAGGUGGAGUGGGUUGGAAGUUUUCCUGAUGAUCGAGAUGAAGCAGUAGAAGGUGAUGAAGAAUUAGAGGUUAUAAACACUGAAGAAUUUGUAUCUGCAUCUUCAUCAGAUGAGGGUGAAGCUAGUAAAAAAAGGAAGAAGAUAAGAGAUUUACGAAGAGCACAUAAGAAUGAAGCAGCUGCUGUCAAAGAUCCAUUUUACAUCCACCAGACUUUUAGCACAGCCAAGGAAGUUAAACAACAAAUUUAUCUUCAUUCCAUACAGAGUAGAAGGGAGUUAGACUUCGUCAAGAAUGACAAAAAUAGGAUUAGAGUGGUUUGCAAAGGGACAAUACCAAACCUUGGGAUAUUAGAAACAGGUGGGACCAGCAAAAGUAAUGACAAAGUGGGACCAAGUCAAAAGAAAAAGAAAGUGAAAGAUGGUUCUAUUCAUAAAUGCCCAUGGGUCCUACUAAUUGUUGACACAGUGGAGGCAAACCCAGAAAUACCACUUAGAGCAUUACGUGAGAUGCUUGAGAAGAAAUACCAACUUGGAUUGUCAGACAUGAAAGUUCAUAGGGCAAAACGAAAGCCCUGGAAUCAAUUAGGGGAGAUUUUGCUGCUCACAGGGAAAAGAGAUUUACUAGGGCUUGAUGGUGCAUUCAUGAAGGGUCCAUACCAUGGUAUGAUCCUGACAGCAGUGGGUUUAGAUGGGAACAAUUGCACAUACCCUUUGGCAUAUGCAGUUGUUGAAGCAGAGAACUUUAAUUCAUGGACCUGGUUUUUAACUAACUUAGGAGAUGAUCUUGGUUUGUAUGCAAACUCCAACUUCACUUUCAUAUCAGAUAGACAGAAGGGGUUAUUGCCUGCACUUGAGAAACUUUUCCCAGCAGCAGAGCAUAGAUAUUGCCUAAGGCAUCUUCAUGAGAACAUGAAACGUAAAUGGAGGGGCAAGGAAUUCAAGGAUUGUCUUUGGAAAUGUGCAACAUGUACCACCAUACCACAAUUCAACAGUGCCAUGGAAGAACUAAAGAAACUUAACAGUGAAGCAUAUGACUGGCUUAAUUCUAUUCCACCUAAGCACUGGUCCAGAUCCCACUUCUCAGGGAGGGCACAUUGUGAUGCUUUGUUGAAUAAUAUGUGUGAGAGUUUGAAUAGCAAGAUAGUGAAGGGUCGUGAUAAGCCAAUUAUCAGUUGCUUGGAGUUUAUUAGGGAGUAUAUCAUGAGGAAAAUUGUCAUGGUUCAAAAAGAAAUUGAUAAAGCUAAUGGCCCAUUAACUCCUACAGCCACUAAGACCCUUGAAAAAAUUAAAGAAAGGGCAGUACAGUGUAGGGCAGUGUUCUGUGGCAAUGGGAAGUACCAGGUUACAAGUGAAGGUACUAAUCAGUAUGUGGUUAAUAUGGACCAACAAACUUGUUCAUGUAAUAGGUGGGAACUGACAGGCAUACCCUGCAAACAUAGUAUAGCAGCUAUAUGGGAUAUGAGGCUCAACAAUGAAAAUGUUGGAAUACCUGAGACAUGGGUACACCCAACUUAUUGGCUCAAGACUUGGAAAGAAAUGUAUGUCUUCAAAGUUGAACCUAUUAAUGGGAGGUUAUUGUGGGAAAAAAGCACAUGUCCUACCAAGUUGAUACCACCAAAGUAUCGUGUCCCUAUUGGCAGACCAAAAAAAAAGAGAAGAAGAUCUGCAACAGAAGAUGAUGGAGUGUCCACAAAAUGGAAAUCUGUAACAUGCACAAAAUGUGGAAAUGUGGGCCAUAAUGGAAGGACCUGCAAGGGACAAUCACAGACUGGGAAUGGAACAGGAGAAGGUGCAGCAGGGAAUACAACAGGAGAAGGUGCAGCAGGUAGCAGUGGUGGUGUACAAAAUGGAGUUGGGAACAAAGGAAAAAGCCCCAUGCUUUGAGAAUUUGUAGUUUGGUAUCAUGAUUACUUUGUUGUUAUGUUUUGUAUUUUGAUACUUUGUUGCUGUCUAGGAUAACUAUUUGUAUGCCA